CUUUGAAGACCUGAGUGGUGAAACAUUUAAAUAUGGCGCCCACGCUGCUUCUUGCGCCUUUGCUUUUGGUCGUUUUUCACUGGCGCGGAUUGGAGACACGUACAGUACAAAUCUUGGUAUACUGUGGGAUUGUGGUCGCGUGGACUAAAGUUGAUCACUUGGGCUGGCUGAAGUCGAGAAGUGUUAGGUUUGCUUAUUUGGGACGAGCUGGAGAGAGGGUGUGUCCCCUCGACGGAUUUCUGGAGUGACCCAACUCAACUUUUGCAUUGCGGCACUGUUGGAUUGGGAUUUCUUUUCUUCCUUUUGUUUCUUUACAUUUUCCUCUAUUCAAA